AUGUCUUUCGAUGACGCUGAGCUCAAACGCAUAUCUAAGGAGCUCGACAAGCAACUUGGUCCAGAGUUUAUUUGUACAAGACCUGGCCAAGGUGGUAUGAAAGUGUCGUAUCUCUCUGGCACUACUGCUAUUAGUUUGGCCAAUCACAUCUUUGGCUUUAAUGGGUGGCAUUCGGAAGUUAAGAGUACUACAGUGGAUUUUGUAGAUACUCAGCAUGGCAAAAUUUCAAUGGGACUUUCGUCUGUUAUUCGGGUCACCUUGAAAGACGGUUCUUUUCAUGAGGAUAUUGGUUAUGGAAGCGUGGAAAAUGCAAAAUCCAAGGCCAUAGCUUUUGAGAAGUGCAGAAAAGAGGCUAUCACCGACGGACUCAAGAGAGUUUUGAGAUGUUUUGGUAAUGCUUUGGGUAAUUGUCUGUACGACAAGGAAUAUUUACGAAAGAUUUCAAACGUUAAAACUCAAGCUAUCACAUUUAAUGAAGGCGAUCUUAUGAGACACAAUCAGCUUGAGGCACGAACUCUCAAACAGGAAGCCAAGCUUCUGGAGAUUAAUCAAAAGAAAGCUAAAAACAGCAGCAAGUCAAGAAUUAAUGUCCCUCCCAAGCAUUUUGGUGACAAUGAAGACGACGAUUCGCAUUUGUUCAGCGAUGAAAUCAACAUCGAUAGUGAGGACUUUAUGAAUGAAAUUGAUGAUUACGAGAUGGAUUUGCUGAUGCAAAAGAACUCUCAGAGAGAAAUUGAAAACGUAAACGACGAUGAGAUUGAAAAUAAGGGUGACGCUGUCGACGCUGUUACCAAGAGUAAUAUUGAAAAUCAGUUCAUUGCCCCCAAUAGUCCCCAGAUUAUGGACAACAUGGUACUGACUCCAGAUAAAAUCCCAGCCAAGGUUGAAUUUGUUUCUGCCAAGGUUGCCGAGAAGGUCCAAAACAAUAGUCCAUUGAACGUGGAAGAAAAGUUCAACCCAUCAUUCCAGUCUCCUUCUUUAAGAAGAACUGUAGAUCCUACGAAAUCAAUGCCCAUUAGACGUACAAUGGUUCAAACAUCUGUGCUUAGUCAGUCCAAGCAGGGUCCUAAACGAAUGAUCGGAAUUCCUCCAGAUACGGCAAAAAGGCAUAAGCUGGGAUCACAAAACCAAAACACUGCCAACGAUAAACCCGAGGAGAAGCAAUUGAGUCGGUUCAAUUCUACAAAGGCCCCAGGAAAAGAAAACUCUCCAGCUUCGAAUUAA